AGUGCGGCUGGACGCGCUCUUGAAGAGGAGGGGGAGGUCCGCAUUGAGUUGUGACAUCCAAAACUACAAGUUCCAGUUUUUAAAUCAGAUGUGUUUCGCCACAUGUGAAACGAUGUGACCACCAUGUUUAGAGCCAGAAACCAGCGGGAUUCAUCGUCGUUUGAGAGGAGGGUUACAGAGUUUUUACCGGAAUGGCAAACCGAGAGCGCAACAAGAAGAUCCUGCUGGAGCUGGUGAAGCAGCCGGGAAACAGCAGGUGCGCGGACUGCGGAGCGCACGGUAAGUACUGGACUUACAAUCAGGAUGUGAAGUGUAUAUAGAAGUGUGCUUUUUAAGCUACAAUAAUGGGACCACACAGAGAUAAUUCUUAAACUGAGUAGUCUGGGGGAACAGAGAGGUUUCCAAAACAGAAACUUUCCUGCUUAUAUUGAAACGUACUGACUCUGAGACGUCUCACAAAAUGAGUUGUUUGCUACAUCAGUGAUUCAUUUCUCCAAUGAAAAAGUGACCGAAGGAUAACCAGAACUUGCUUUUCCCGCCCUCCUCCUCUGGUUAUAAACCACACCUUGACCUAUUUUCUAAUUAUAGCACGUCUGCUUUGACCGUUGAAUUCACUCUAACUGAGCUCUGUUUUCAUUUCGGUUUGUUUUAGAGUUGUUUGUAUUCCUGUUUGGACCUUUUCUAUGCUGCUACUUCUACUUUGAAUCCCUCCUCAGAUCCAGAAUGGGCGUCCUACAAACUGGGUGUGUUUGUGUGUCUGAACUGCUCCGGCAUCCAUCGCAGCCUGUCCAGUCGGGUCAAAUCCAUAAAACUGGACUUCUGGGAGGAUGAGCUGGUGGAGGUGAAGAUCUGAUAUUACUGUGCAUGAGUAAUCUAUGUGUGCAUGACGUUUAACUUUUAAUUUGUCUUGUUGGGGAUGUGGAUAGUUUAUGAAAUCCAACGGCAAUGAGAGGGUUCGAGAAGAGUAUGAGAAGGUUGUUCCUGCGUACUACUAUCGGCCUCAAGAAAAUGACUCUCUGUAAGUACAUUUUAAUCUUUGUCCCUUUAAUUUCCAUCUUUUUCAUGACCGCUGUCCUUGAGAAUUGCUUUUGAUACAAGAUGUGACUUUUUAAACUGCCUGUGUCCCUCUGAUGCCUUCAUACUGAACUGUUCGGCUACGCCUCCUUCUGUGCACGAGCAAUCACAAACUGCUGACAGAGCAGUGCCGCAGAAAAUAGAGAGAAGUGCAACUACUGUCUGUGAGAGUUUAGAUAGAUUGACUUCUGCUGCAAGAUCAAAACUAGUGACUCAUGUUUUCUACUGUAUGCUGAAUGACUUCUGCUGAGCGGGGAUUUUUCCUUUAUGCUCUUUCUGCAGCAUCUUAAGGGAGCAGUGGAUACGGGCGAAAUAUGAAAGGAUGGAGUUUUCAGGAGAAAUCAAGUAUCCACCGGUGCCAUACACAACCGGUAUGCUCUCAGAGUCUUUAUGUGUGUGUGUUAAAGUCUCAUAUGGCCUGUGUGGUUCCUCAUUCAUACGCAGAACCGUGCUAAAAAAAAAAAAAAAGAAUAUCAAUGUAACCUAAAUAUACAGAGACCACAAGCUGGAUUUAUAAUUCUGUGUCGUAUCGAAGCAUCUCUGAUUAGAUAUGCCUCUAAUAUCAACAGGUUUCUAUGAGGGGUUUCUGUGGAAAAAAGGAAAAGAUAACACACAGUUUCUAAAGAGGAAGUUCGUCCUGUCAGAGAGGGAAUUCACUCUGAUUUACUACAACAAAGAAAAUGUGAGUUUACUGCACCUGUGACACGGCUCACUGAAAAAACAUUAAUGAUGUUUUCCAACUAAUACGAGACAGAAGAAUGAAUAUUUGUGACAUAUGUGAUGCAAAGGCUUGUGCAUUAGUAACUCCUUUACCUUAGACAGUUUAACAAACUGUAAAUUAAUUAAAUCUCUUCUCUAUUCUCUGCUUUACAAAGACAGCAGCUCUGUGGAGUAAGUGUAACGUGAAGGUUUGAUGUAAGGUGGUUGGAUAAUUCUAAUGAUGAGAAAGAGCAGGAUAACUUUCUUAGCCGCACUUUUACUUUGCAGCCAUUAUGUCAAUCCCACAACAUAACCCAAAACGUAACAUCCUGGACAAUUUCCUGAACUCAAAGUAAAUGUGGAUAAACCUCAGAAACACAUUCUGCAUAAUCUGCUAACCCUCACAAACAGCUGCAGAAAAAAGCAUUUAUACUUGUAAAUAUGUGAAUAUGAACCUGCCAACACUUUGUGAAUAGUUCUCUGUAUGAAUUCUAUAAACACAGUUUUUUUGGCAUCACUUAAAGACAGUUAACUGUAAUAGUCAACAGAAAUAUAUGAAUUGACUUCACUGUUAAAGCUUACAGAGGCAUAACCUCGAGUGAAAUGCUAUCACCAUAGACUAAAGAUCCCAUGUUUAGGUUGUACUCUACUUCUGGAGAUCAUGCAUGGCUGAAACAUACUUUCUAAAAUAUGUUUUAGCCUUACUAAACAUGCUUACUUUUUACACACAAGUUUUUGCAUUUCUUGUUCCAACUCUGAAGUAUUUGUAAUCUAGGAGUCCAAAGGCCCUAAAGCUGUCAUUGCCAUCAAAGACCUGAACGCCAACUUCCAACCGGAGAAGAUCGGUCAUCCUCACGGGCUGCAGAUCACCUACCAAGAGGCCGAUCACACCAGGAACCUCUUCGUUUACCACGAGAGCUCAGAGGUGGGAUUAAAUGAUCAGGUUGAUGAUAAAUAACAGCAUCUUUGAGGCUGUGGAGAAAACUCACGAUCUCUCCUGCUCUAGGAAAUAGUGGCGUGGUACAACGCUCUCCGUGCUGCUCGCUACUUCUACCUGAAGACGGCGUACCCGACUGGGACUGACGAAGAAGUAAGCAUCAAAUCUUGGUUUGAUCAGUUCGAAUAUUAUGUGAUCAUUGUAUGAAACGUCUCGCUCUAGUUCAUCAUAGAGGUGAAUAUUAUUCCUGUUAAUAAGCCACAAAUGCUUCACUCGAAACACUCACACUCAUUAUAGCAGCUUAUUUACAGCUAAUGCGAAACACUUUCACUUUCAGAAGAGUCAACAGUAAUAAGAACAGAAACUCGUGUGUUUUGAGACUUAACGCUCAUGUACUUUUGCAUCUUUUUGUCAGCUGAUCCCAAAGAUAACAAGAGACUACCUCAAAGAGGGGUACAUGGAAAAGACGGGGCCUCUGGUAAGAGGAUUUGGCUUUUACACAUGUUUUUAUUUUUUAACUGUUGUGUGAUUUUGUCAGCACUUUCCUGAAUGCUUUCUCCGGUAAAUCAACAAGCCACUUAAAGUAGUCCAACCAGUGCAUUUAGAGUCUGUUUCUGUUCCUCACAUAGCUAAAUGAGAGAAGGAGAAGGACGGACUGAGCUCAGACCAGAAAUGUGUCCAAACUUUUAACAUUAAACAUGUUUUUACAGCAAAAGGAGUCGUUCAAGAAGAGGUGGUUCGUUUUGGACUCUCAGAACAGAAAGCUUUUCUACUACAAAAGCCCGCUGGUGAGAGAAAAAACACAUUUUCUCCAUCAAACCCCGUCUUGUGCACCACUGUCAUCAUAAUCUCUCUCUGACUCCAACACAGGAUGCAGAGGAGUUAGGAGUCAUUUUCAUCGGCACUGAGAACAAAGGGUACUCCGUGAUGGACUGUGUCCCAAAGAACGCUCGGGGGAACAAGUGGGACCACGGCAUUGUGGUGGGGACGCCCGACCGACAGUUUGUCUUCACGUGUGAGCAGGAGAGAGAGCAGAAGGAGUGGCUGGAUGCUCUGAGACAGGUCCUGUCCAGACCUAUGUCGCCGCAGGAUUUUUCAAGUAAGGAAAUACACAAAAUUUUCCUCUUGUAGGAAAAAUGAACGAGUAUCGUAUCUUAAAAAUGUUUGUACUUUCUGAUAGUCACAGUCUGCUAAAUGUCAGACCUGUGUUUAUGUCGCUUUAUUUUAAUUUUAAGUCUAUCAGGUGUUCACUCCAAGAGAGAGAUGAUUAUGAUUUACACACCAUAAAAGCUCUUGUUUUUAACAUUAAAGGUGUUUAAUUUCAAAGUGGAACUACACGAAGCAACAAAACGAACGUUAGAACAAGAGCAAAACCCAGUUUAAGUGCUUUUAGGUGCUCAGUGUAGGAACUAGGGGUCUUCCCCAGGAACUCUAACUUUUGACCACAGGAACUCAAGUCUAAAUUUAGUUCCUGAGUGAAAAAUCAACCCUUGAAAAGCCUCCGCUCAGGGGUUUCUACACAGAGACUGUGAGAGGCAGGGCCUGAUGAUUUCAUUUAGAGUAAAAAAACAGGUUUUUAAUCCAAUGAUAUAAAAUGCUUAUAUCCUCAGUGCACAAAUGACACAAAUACGAUCCAUGAUUAAACAAACUGAUAUCCUCACAAACCUGCAGAUGCCACUGCAGAGAACUGUAAUAAAUCACUUUUUUCAUUAUUCCUCUGUGUGACCCUGCUGUUUCUUUUUUUCCCAGUUGAGGCCAACAGCAAGUAUAAAAGAUGAGCUUCAGACCGGCGUGGAGAGAAAACUGCAGCUUGAAAACGCAAGUGACAGAUUCCUGCAGCACAGAAGAUCUGCUGGCGUAGUAAAACAUGAUGAACUCUGAACGUCAUCAUUGCCGUGGUGUGGACUACUAUUGACACUGCAUGUUGUGCAAAGCUCGGGACUUAAUAAAAAACACUGCAUCAUGUAGAAUAAAGUCAUGUGAACGAACAUACAUUCAGAUAUUGUGACAAAGAAAGUGCAGAUCACCAUGAUGUAAAUAUUUUAUUUCUCUUUCUUUCUUUGACCACUUUUAUAAAUAAGCAUACAUAUUUUUAUUGUUGCUGUGAAAAACUUAACAUUGUGUUCAGUGGAACUUAUAGAGUUCAGCAUUUGAAAGUGACUUGGUUGAUGUUAAUUUCAUUGCAUAUUUUGUAUUGAACUGUACCGUCAGACACUUACACCCCUAAAGUGGUUUCAGAAAAUAAAAUAACGAAAUAGAAAAAGC